ACUAUAAAAGCGGCGAGAUUAAAGAAUUCGCAUGCAGUGCAUCCUAAGAAACAUCAAAUCCCGACACCAUGGCAGUUCGCGCUCUUAGCCUAGUGCUCCUGUGUACGUUUGUCACGGUCAUCUUCGGAUUGCCGGCUUUACCAGAGCCAGCUGUAAAUAUAUAUGAGGAACGCGCAUUAUCGACCGAGCUGCAACCGCCCGCGCUGUCCUCAGACGAAACGGAACACUAUGCUACAAUCUAUAUAAUUAAUUUGUUCGCUGUGAAAAAUAGUAGCAGCAAUGUAUCAGAGGAAAUGUUUCAAAAUGAAGUCGUAGAAACGUUACCUGACAUAAUAGAGCCACUAGUUUCUGUCAUCCUAGUAGUAGAAGAUGAUGAAAAUGAAGAGUCAGAAAAUCAUCGACCUGUCGAUCUCGACAAAUUUGCGGAGGGGUUGAAAGACGAAGGUAUCAAGGUCGACAAGAUCGAUCUCAACAGCAAAAUGAAAGUGCUUAAGAUGAAAUUGGAAAAGGCGGAGGCGCAGAGUAUGAUAGGCUCGGCUUUGAAGGGUGAACAGAAGAAAUUCCGUCAAAAGAGAUUCUCCUGUUACAAAGGUUGUGGUGGAGGAUAUGGUGGAGGAUAUGGGCAACAAGGUUAUACAGGUUAUGCAUUGAUACCAGUCUAUGUCACGAAUACAGGAGGACAUCGUGGUCAUCAUGGACAUGGUGGUCAUGGUGGUUAUGGUGGUCAUCAUGGACAUGGCGGCUGUUGCGGUGGUAAUGGUGGUGGUGGUGGUGGUUCAUACGCAAAUGCGCAAGCAUCAGCCUACGCGUCAGCCAACAGUGGAAGCUGGGGAAAAAAAUGAAAGACUACAUUAACACGUAAACAUGUUGCAUCGCUGAGAUUAAUGAUUUAUGCUGCCUUCAUGUUUAAUACAUAUGCAUGUACAGUACAAAAAACAAUUUUGUAAAUUUUUCGAAUGCUAUAAAUCAUUACAAAUAAACGUUAUGAGUAUCAAUACAAU